AUGACCGGCAAGAAGAUCAUCACUGUGUUUGGAGCCACGGGCCAGCAGGGCGGCUCAGUGGUUGCCACCUUCUUGAACGAUGCUAGGCUUUCAGGAGAGUGGUCAGUUCGUGCUGUGACACGAGAUGUGAACAAGGACUCUGCCAAGAGGCUCGCAGCCCUCGGUGCCGAGGUCGUCCAGGCCGACCUUUCGGACAGGCACACACUGGACAAGGUCGUAUCAGGCGCUGAGGCCGUCUUUGCCGUCACGAAUUACUGGGAGGCGAUGGACGCCGAACUUGAAGUCAGACAGGGGAAAGCCAUUGUUGAUGCCGCCAAGGCGGCUGGCAUCAAGCUUUUCAUUUGGAGCUCGCUCUACGAUGUGAAGAAACUAACGAAUGGCAAGCUUCCGCAUGUCUACCACUUCGACGGCAAGGCCGCCGUUGAGGAGUAUAUCCGUGCUCUAGGCAUUCCAGCGGCCUUUUUCAUGCCAGGCUUCUACAUGUCCAACAUGCCUGGUCAAUGGCUGCGUGCUGAUCCACCCGAAAACGUCUGGACUCUGGCGCUGCCGAUGCCUGACAGAGCGCCCAUCCCCGUCUUCGAUAUC